AUGUCGAGACAAAGUAAACCAAGCGUUCCUGCUAAUAUUCAAGCUUUAAUACGUGCUAAUGAUCUCCACGCUGAAGCUGUAGAGCAGGCAAAAAUUAAUCUUUCAAAAGCAAACGAAACAAAGUUCCGUGAAUCUCACGCAAGCUUUAUUCGCAAUGCCGAAGUUAGAAGAAAUGCAAAACUUAGUCACCAAGAAGAAGUACUGGCGCACGCAGAUCUUAUUUGCGAUAGAAGAGCACGCUUAGCAGCACAAUUUGCGGAAGAUAAGGAAGAAUGGCAAAAGGAACUUCAAGCUAGAGGUAUGACAUUUCAAAAGACCAUGAUAUAA